UAUUCUCAUUAUUUAAAUUAUUUUUUCUUGUUCCGUCUGUUAUAUUCUGAAUCCAAGCAAAGAUAAAAAAGCAUAGAUUAGAGGGAAAAUCCACGGCGAGGGGGAGAGAGAUUUUCUUUUCCUAUUUUUGUUCAUUACAACGUUAAUCUGUCUAUCGUGUUCUGUUUCUCUACAUUUUCUUUCUGGAUUUCGUCGUUUUUCCUCCCUCCCUCCCUCGCUCGGUCGAUUCAAUUCUGGGAGGAAAAAAAGAGCCUUUUUUUUCUCUGGGUUUAUGAACAAAUCCUUCUUUUUGGAGCUCGGCUUUCUAGGGUUCCUCCGGCUUUGUGUCUGUCUGGUGCCCAGAUCUUUAUCUGCUCAUCCGCGAAAUGACCUUUCGAUGUAUCGGCAUUAGGGUUUGUUUCGGAAUCAAAUCUCAGCGUAUACCCUUGCGCUGAGACGAUAAAGUUCGGGGAUUUGUGUUUUUUGAGCUUAAUUUAGCGGAUACGGAUUGAUUCUCGUAGAGCGAGGGAGAAGGGCAGGGCGAGGGCUAGGGUUUCUGUAAAUAUGAUCAAGCAGAUAUUUGGGAAAUUGCCCAGAAAACCUUCGAAACCAUCAAACAAUGACUCGAAUGGAGAGGGAGGGAUUAAUUCUUUGAGCUCAUAUUACAGUCCCAAUUCGGGUACCAUCCCGUCGAAACCUUCUUCGGCGUCUUCAAAAUCAUCUACUUCUGGUUCACGUUAUGCCAAUGGGGCUCUUGCUCCUACCUCGUUGAACGCCAACAGGACCAAUCAAGGGAAGAAGCCUUUAGGUGAUUCUGUUCAAGCUGGCCCUUUUCUCCCUUUUGCUGUGUACGAGGCUUUGCCCAGCUUUAGGGAAGUUCCUGUCUCAGAGAAACCGAAUCUCUUCAUCAGGAAGCUGCAAAUGUGUUGCGUCUUGUUUGAUUUCAGUGACCCGUCGAAGAACCCUAGAGAGAAAGAGAUAAAGCGGCAGACGCUGCUCGAGCUAGAUGACUAUAUCACGGUGGUUUCAGUGAAGUUCAAUGAUGUUGCAAUGCAGGAGAUCAUAAGGAUGGUGGGGUUUAAUCUGUUCCGGACGUUUCCUUCUCAAAAUCCCGACAGCAAAAUUCUUGAAAUGUUUGAUAUGGACGAGGACGAACCUGCAUUGGAGCCAGCUUGGCCUCAUCUACAAGUUGUCUACGAGCUUCUGCUUAGAUUCGUGGCUUCGCCUAUGACAGAUGCAAAGCUUGCAAAGAGAUACAUCGACCAUUCAUUUGUCUUGAGGCUAUUAGAUCUCUUUGAUUCUGAAGACCAAAGAGAGAGGGAGUAUCUAAAGACCAUUCUGCACCGGAUAUAUGGGAAGUUCAUGGUGCACCGUCCUUAUAUCAGGAAGGCCAUAAACAACAUCUUCUACCGAUUCAUUUUCGAGACGGAGAAACACAAUGGCAUUGCAGAGUUGCUUGAGAUUCUUGGAAGUAUAAUAAACGGGUUUGCUUUGCCGCUGAAGGAAGAGCACAAGCUCUUCCUUGUCCGAGCCUUGAUCCCUCUCCACAAGCCUAAGUGUGCAUCGGUCUACCACCAACAGCUUUCUUAUUGCAUCGUUCAGUUUGUAGAGAAAGAUUUCAAGCUUGCUGAUACCGUUAUUAGAGGCCUUUUAAAAUACUGGCCUGUUACUAACAGUACAAAGGAAGUUAUGUUCUUGGGGGAAUUGGAAGAAGUCUUGGAAGCAACACAAGCAGCUGAGUUUCAGCGUUGUAUGGUGCCUUUGUUCCGCCAAAUCGGUCAUUGCCUCAACAGUUCACAUUUUCAGGUUGCUGAAAGGGCAUUGUUUCUGUGGAACAACGACCACGUAAGGAAUCUGAUAACGCAGAACCAUAAAGUGGUAAUGCCCAUAAUCUUGCCGGCUCUGGAGAGAAACACGCGAGGGCACUGGAACCAAGCCGUUCAAAGUCUAACACUGAACGUGAGAAAGGUGUUCUGCGACACGGACCAGGCCCUGUUCGACGAGUGCUUGGCCAAGUUCCAAGAAGACGAAACGAAGGAGAAGGAGGUCGAGACAAGACGGGAGACGACGUGGAAGCGUUUGGAAGAGUUAGCUGUCUCGACCGAGGCAGUGCCCGUCCCGAGAUUCACGUCUUUGGUCGGGUUUAAUGGCGUGAGUCCAAAGGGGAAUUCUGUCUCUGGCAGUUGAAAAGCCAAAAAAAAAGAAGGGAAGAUAGGGUUUGAUGAUCCAAACAGAGAAGGGGAAAGCCAGAGAGAUACGAGAGUGGUGUUGGGAGAGAAAGGGGGAGAAGGUGACACUUUUGGGGAGUUUUCUUUGGUUCAUUUGUUAGUUAUUUGGUUCAUCGUUUUUCUUUUAUCUCUUUGUCUUCUUCCUCGGUUGCAGGAGGAGUGGAGAAACAUAUGUCCUGUAAGAGAAAACGGUCUAUAUAUAUAUAUAUAUAUAUAUGUAUUUACAUAUUGAUAUGGUUA